GAACUAGACUGGUCAUCACCAAGUUCGGCUUUGUGGCAUUUCUUUUAUCCACGUUCUGUGUGAACAUUUCUCGCACACAAACAUGUAUUGACAGUGCCCAACACGGUGGAGAGUGUCUUGCUAUUCUUGACACUCUCCCCCUCUGUUUCUCUGCCUCAGUAUUUCCCAUCUCAUGAUGCUCUUUGGCCCACAAGUUGGAACUUCGUUUUUUUUUUUUUUUUUUUUUUUUCCCCUCACUGACGCUGUCUUGGUUGUCUGCUUUCCUUUUUGUGAAAUGCUCACACACUUUGGGCUGAAGCACUGGCCAAAACGAUCAAGCUGAUUUUUAUCCACUGUGACAAAGGAGCCCUGUCGAUUCUUUGCCUUCGUGCCAGAAAACCUCACCCCUCUCAAUUUUACUUCAAGGGCAAAGUAGCUUCAAUCCUCCAAUUUCUUUUGCAGAUACACCAUUGUUGCUGGUUAUCAGUUGGUAGUGCUUGGACAUGCACGCCUGAUUUCAGCAUUUUGGACUAAAAUAGUAUCAAAAGAUUUGCUGUAACUUGAGAAGCCUUGAGAAUCAGAGAAGCCUAGAAAAUCUGCCUCAGCGCAUCGGUUCCUCUUCUAACUGUCAGAUCCCUCAGAUUUUUUGCUUCUCACUGUCCUGCUGCCUUUCUCAGUUUAUUUUGAGGCAUACAGUACCUUGCCUCCUCAUCCCCAAGCCACCAUAAAUCAGAGGCAUAAAUACUGUUGUUGUUUUCGUAACCUGGUUGUCAUUUUAAUGGUGUUAGUGGGCGGUCCAGAAAAUAAGAAAAGAUCACUGUGUGACCGGGUUAGCGUGUCAUUUCUUGGGUAACCCGCUACCCAGCUGGCACUUGGGGGUAGCAUUGCAUCGUAAUGACUCAUGUUGACCAGGGGGCGGGGGUCAUUUGUAGUCACGUGACUGACAGGCAACCCCGCUAUCACCCUGGAAACCAGAAGCGCCCGCCGCCCUUAUCCGAUCAUGUCAGGAAUGCUGGCUGUCACUAGGCUCAGGCUAUUUCUGCUGUCUGUCGCCAGUGCUUGGUAGUGCUGAGAACCUGGGGAACACAGACCCUUUUUUACUUAUUCUUUUCCAUCCCCCCCUUCAAGUGUCGUGUGGUUUGCGGCUCUUGUUUUUGCGGUGUGAUGUUCUCCCCCCGCUCCCCUCCUGUCAUAUUUACUUCUGGAAGGAAAGUUGUGGAAGGGACUCGAGGUGGGUGGGACCUAAUGGGAGCGGGGCUAGAGUGAGAGGAGGAAAAACGGGGAUCAGUCCUCUGGCCGGCCAAAAGAACGACGUGCGCGACUCUUGGAGGACGGGACAACCGCACAGCCCUUUGGAGGGAACCGAGGCUGUCGGACGGGACGUAAAAAAUGGCACGUCUGCGUCUGUAUUUUGGCUCCAACCGCAGCAACACCGCCCCGGAGAUACUGGAAGGAGAGGCAGACGAACAGAAUGGAGACACUGAUGUCGCCACGGCGCUUAACACUCCACCACCUUCUCAGGAGGCCGUGGAGCAGCCAGCUCCGCCACAGGCGCUUGGUUCGCGUCCUGAACCGCUGCUCAAACGCAGUUCUUCGAUGUUCAUACCCCAACUUGCAGCCUAUGCCGAGCCGCGGCCCACAAAAAGCUCCUCCAUGCUCAUCUCACUUCAGCGCUCUGAUGGUUUAAGUAAUGAGGAUUCCAGUGGCCACGCUGAUGAUGUCCCGCCACCCUGCUAUACUCCUCCGGGACCGGCGCCUACAUACAGCGAAGCAUCGGAUCAAGCAGAUGUUCCGCGACAACCGCCGCCUCCUUACUGCAGCCCAGAUCUUUCUAACUCGCAAAUAUUUGUGACAGAGCCAAACUUUCCAAAGCGCAGGGUCUUCAGCAUUGGUUCAAACGGUCAUAAUGUGUGCAACCGAGGACAACAAGGUAUCAGUGUCGGAGGCAUUCGUAUUCGGAGGAACUCAACCGAUGGUUCCGACAUACGCCAUCUUCGAAUUUUACCUUACGGUAGUUCUGGAUGGACUAUGCAGCAGCAGUCCCCUGCUUCGAAUAGUGGACCACGUCUUGUGUUUCAGCUCCAGCAAAACCAGAACCAAGAUCUAAACCAAUGCAGGAAUCAAUCGGAUUCACCCCAGGAGGAGCACACCAACGUAGAUCUUGUGAGGUCAAGCAGUGGCCGUAUUGUCCGUUACCCCAGAAUUAGACUGCAAAGAGGUUCGUCUCCACUUUUGGUGGAGAACGCACCCAACAACGUAACAGAUAGCCAGACAGCUGGGCAGGAUAAUAAACCAAUCGAGGAGAAUCUGAGACAGGACACACAAUCUAAUGGUUGUACUUUUACAAUCAGUGGAGAUCCCCCGCCAAGGCAGCCCCAUCUCAAGAUUUACUUCAACUCAGGUGGAGCUGGAGAUCAGGAUGUGAUCCUUGGCAAUGACUCAACAACUAAUUCCAAGACCAGAGAUGAUUUCUUGGGACAAGUGGACGUUCCUCUUAGUCAUUUGCCGACGGAGGACCCUGCUAUGGAGCGCCCCUACACGUUUAAGGACUUCCUGUUACGGCCCAGGAGUCACAAGUCUAGAGUGAAGGGUUACCUGCGUCUGAAGAUGGCCUAUCUGCCCAAACAAGGAGGACAUGAAGAGGAAGCUGGGGACAUGAGGGAGGAGGCAGAGGGGUGGGAUGAGCCUGCGGAUUCGGGUUCGCAGCGACCCCAACAGCUGUUGCCACCAUUGCCGCCAGGCUGGGAAGAGAAGGUGGACAACCUUGGACGCACCUACUAUGUCAACCACAACAAUCGUUCCACGCAGUGGAAACGGCCCUCCAACAUGGACGUGAUUUCAGAAACUGAGAGUGACAAUCGCCAGCGUCAGAUCCACCAGGAGGCACAUCGUGUCUUCCGUUCAAGACGCCACAUCAGCGAGGACCUGGAGAACGAGCACAUGGAGCCGCGGGAUGUUAUUGACAAUUCCUGGGAGCUAAUUACAGAGGAAGAACCUAAUGACAGCCUGGCCCAGUCCCAUCCGGGCACGUCAUCCAUGAUGACCCCACAGCCCCCGCCGACGCCCGUCCCCCAGGAGUUCUCUGACGAUUUGAGCCUGAGGCUUUCUUUCACCCCCGACACCAAUGGCGAAGUGCCUGGGCCCAGCUCUGUUCUGACCCAGCUAUCAAACCGACUGCGCUCCUCCAGUAUGACUGAUGGCGUUAGCGAUCAAGCCCAACCUCCUCCUCUUGCGCAGCGUUCCCAUUCCAGAAGAACCAGAGCUCAAACAGUCUCAGGUGGUGAGGAUACCACGUCUCCCACAGCGGCCGUGUUCAACCUGACCACCCCGGGCCUACCCCCUGGAUGGGAGGAGCGGAAGGACGGCAAGGGGAGAACUUAUUACGUCAACCAUAACAACCGCACCACUACCUGGACUAGGCCAAUUGUGCAGCUGACUGAAGAUGGACCCAGCACCUCAGCGGGCGCGGCGUCACCGUCGGGAGCGACCUCUGCCCUGACACCUGCCCCCUCCCCCUCCUCCAAUGCCUCCUCUAAUGUCUCCAACAACCACCUCCAUGAGCCCCAAGUCCGACGACCACGUAGCCUCAGCUCCCCCACUGUCACCCUCUCUACCCCCUUGGAGGGGGCCAACAACAUCCAGGCGCGGCGAGCAGUGAAAGACACCUUCUCCAACCCUCAGUCUCCGCAGCCGUCGCCCUACAGCUCACCCAAGUCUCAGCACAAGGCCCAGCAGAGCUUCCUGCCGCCGGGCUGGGAGAUGAGGAUAGCCCCCAACGGACGGCCUUUCUUCAUCGACCACAACAGCAGAACCACCACCUGGGAGGAUCCCAGGUUAAAGUAUCCGGUCCAUAUGAGGAAUAAAAACUCCAUGGAGCCUGGUGAACUCGGCCCGCUUCCUCCCGGGUGGGAAGAGCGAGUUCACACAGAUGGACGCACCUUCUACAUUGACCACAACACAAAGAACACACAGUGGGAGGACCCUCGCCUUCAGAGUCCUGCUAUCACUGGACCCGCUGUUCCAUAUUCUCGAGAGUUCAAGCAAAAGUAUGACUACUUUCGGAAGAAGCUAAAGAAACCGGCUGACAUCCCCAACCGCUUCGAGAUGAAGCUCCAUCGCGGCAACAUCUUUGAGGAGUCGUACCGUCGGAUCAUGUCGCUCAAAAAGCCCGACGUUUUAAAAGCACGCCUGUGGAUCGAGUUUGAGUCGGAGAAGGGCCUGGACUACGGGGGCGUGGCCCGAGAGUGGUUCUUCCUCUUGUCCAAGGAGAUGUUCAACCCCUACUACGGUCUCUUUGAAUACUCUGCCACAGACAACUACACCCUCCAGAUCAACCCAAACUCUGGCCUGUGCAAUGAGGACCACCUUUCUUAUUUCAAGUUCAUCGGACGCGUGGCGGGAAUGGCCGUCUUUCAUGGAAAGCUACUCGACGGCUUCUUCAUACGACCAUUCUACAAGAUGAUGCUGGGUAAACAGAUCUCCCUGAAGGACAUGGAGUCUGUGGACAGUGAAUACUACAACUCUCUCAAGUGGAUCCUGGAAAACGAUCCCACUGAGCUGGACCUGCGGUUUUGCAUCGAUGAGGACAACUUCGGACAGACAUACCAGGUGGACCUGAAGCCCAGCGGCUCGGACAUGGUGGUCACCAAUGACAACAAGAAGGAAUACAUUGAUCUGGUCAUCCAGUGGAGGUUUGUGAAUCGGGUGCAGAAGCAGAUGAAUGCCUUCCUGGAGGGCUUCACCGAGCUCAUCCAAAUAGAUCUGAUCAAGAUCUUUGAUGAAAAUGAACUGGAGUUGCUCAUGUGCGGCCUGGGCGACGUCGACGUCAAUGACUGGCGACAGCACACGGUUUACAAAAACGGCUACUGUCCCAACCACCCGGUCAUCCAGUGGUUCUGGAAGGUUGUCCUCUUAAUGGAUGCCGAAAAGAGGAUCCGACUUCUACAGUUUGUUACGGGAACAUCGCGGGUGCCCAUGAACGGCUUCGCUGAGCUUUAUGGCUCAAACGGUCCUCAGCUGUUCACUAUCGAGCAAUGGGGAACGCCGGAUAAGCUGCCCAGAGCCCACACGUGUUUCAACCGUUUGGACCUUCCCACCUAUGACUCAUUUGAGGACCUGCGGGAGAAGCUGCUUAUGGCUGUGGAAAACGCGCAGGGCUUCGAAGGAGUUGACUAAACGGGCUGCGGGGGGAAGGGCCUCCGUGAGGGGGACAAAAAAAAAACACAUCCGAAGCAACAUCCGAUUUAUCGGAAUUGACAAACGGGAAAUACAACUCAAAAGCGUCCAAAUCGGCGGUCGUAGCAUGUGAUUAGCAAACGCCGGACCGUUAGCCAUACCCAACUGUACAGCGAGUUGACAGGCCGACUAUGUCUUUCAACAGGGGCCUGGGGGGGAUGUGGUUCUAUGUUAAGGCACAGCCCCCUCCUGAUCCCAGCGGGGAGGAGAGAGAGUAUUUAAUCCCCUGGCAUGAGCAUGAAAUACCAUCCCGUCACCACUACACCCUGUGGAAGCACUACGACUAACCUACUAACAUUUUAUUAUUCUAGCUAGCACAGCAGCCAAGGCCUUAACGUGGCUCCCAACACCGGAUUACUUUAGCAAUCCAACUAGCCAAUCUCACUUCAGGAAAUCUGCUAUGCCCCCCUCCUAUGUUGGCACCGGAGCCUUUUUGUCGAUUUAGGAGAUGAUUUCUUUUUUUAUUACAUAUGUAGUUGUUGAUGUUUUGUUUUCCUUUUUUUUUUUUUUUUAAAUCCGCGAUAUGAUUCCGUCAGGAAAUAUGAUGUCUUUGUACUGAUGUUUACUAUUUUUGACAAUUCUCAAAGAUCACGCAAAGUGAAGUUGAAAAGAAAGGGGGGAGACUUUUUUUUUUUACAGUGAUUAACAG